CCUCAACCCAUUGUUAUUCACUUCACCUACAGGCCUAUUGAGAAUGGAUUUUCACAAAACCGGUCAGCCAUCAAGGCUGAAUGGCAUCAAUGGACUUUAUUCAUGCUAUUGUUCAUCUAGUUUUUCUUCAGCUCAAAAUACCUCCGCCCCCGAAUGCUAUCAUCUCUUCCCUCGCACCUCUCAACAUCAUCCCCAAGCUUGGAUGCCUCAAGAAGCUGCUCCUAUAUGGUUUCAAUAUCUCACAAAGAUUUUGCAACAGCCAUCGAAGCAAAGUUUGCUGCACCAGGAGCUGCCUUGCGCCGUUCUACACAUUCAACCUUCUUACCGUCCAUCCACCCUUCUAGAGUCAAACUUUUAUGCUCACAGCAUCAAAACGAAGGUUCAAACGUACCGCGUUACAAAGCUAUCUUCCCAUCCCAAGUCACGACUCAACAUGUCUCGGAAACGCUCAGCACGCGAUCCUACCACCAGCUUCCACAUGAAUACACGAAGCCGGGGUCAAACGAGCACAAUUCCUCCAAACACUUCUUCUGAAGACCCGGCAUCAUCGUCGACGUUGGCUUCAUCAUCGGAGCCAUCAAUAACACCACCAUCACCCCGCAACACUCCCAAGCGGAAACUCUCCGAAACGGAGUUCAACACUGACGGAGGCCUUCCUGAAGCCAAGCGGCCAUCACCAGAGCCAACCGCCAUCGCCCCUCCAGCUUCUACAGUACCUGUUGAAGCAGCAACUGCCGCCCUGUCCAACGUGGACAUUCCCCCUACAAACGCGGUUAUCUCCAACACAGACGUCACCACCAGGAAACAUCAAACGUCUAAUAGCGAGGAGUCGGACUCGCGCUCUCCUAAGCGCACUGCCAAUGGUGGCGCUCGCGCUCGCAAGGGCGUCCACCGGAAUGGAGCGGGAAACCGGAAGGGGAAGCAAAAAGGCAGGAGGGGACGUGGUGGUGACAGUCCGGAGCCACCGAAUCGCAAGCGUCCAUUGACUCAAGAUGAACGUGUCGAGAUCUCCAUGCUCAAAGCAAGACAGCAUGAGUUGAAGAAGUUCUUCUCUCUAGUUGGCGCUCAGCAAGUGGACAUUCUCGACCAGCUUGCUUCUCGGGAUCUUUCCAAGCUUGCGCGAAAACCAAAGGCGCAUCAGAAAGUGCCGGAAUUUGAGACCGUCAUAGAAGGUCUGAAUUCAUCCAUGGAGGAUAUUCAAGACUUGAUGAAGACACGAAAAAGAGUGCAGAUGGAACAUGAGAUGCAACGAUUGGAACAGGAGAAAGAGGUCAUUGAACAGCAAUUCAAGACACGAAUCCAAGAGGCACAUGAAGAACACCUCAAGGGCGCUGAAGGAGACAUCAUGCUCUUCGAGCGUGCCUAUCGUGAGGAUCACGACGAAACCCACACCGAGACUGGAUCCGACCUUGGUGAUUAUCUUCGCUACCAUGAACUUCCAGAGCCUGAUGCACAACCUCGAGGUUACGUCUCACAAAGAAUCAUGGACGAAAAGUCCUUCAAAUUGCAACUCGCCACAUAUGAUGAACGAGCUAGACAACAAGUCCUCGACGAAGAUAUCAUUGCACCUCUGUUGAGUGAAAUGGAGGAAAGAGACCGAGAAAACCGAGAGGAGGAAGACCGCCAGAAAUCACAGAGAUUGAGUGCUCUGACAGAUGAAGCCCUCAAGGAGCUUGAUCGUAUGACAGAACGCGAACUUUUAUCUCAAGUCCGGGUCGACUCAGAUACUAGUGGCUCCUUCAAGCUAUCUACGCUUGCGGACGUGGCAAUAUGGAGAAGACCAACUCAAACCAGUCACGGCAGUUACGGGGCACCGUCAUUUACCAUGGCAUCGAACGAUGCGUUCCCUAGGCCAUAUUCGCCUCAUCUUGGCCCUUUCCCGCCAGUCAGCCGGCCAGUACCACCACCAAAUUCAUUCAAACACAUCCUCAAUUUCGACACCCCCAGCCCUCUAACAAAUUCGGGUCCAUCGCAAGCAACCGAACCAGCCGAGAGAAAUUCGCCUCGGGUCUCUUUAAAUGGACCAGGUCAACAUAUUGCUCCAGCACCACCUAGGUCAGGUCAUCGCUUCCAAGUGUUCAGACACACUCCCAACGGACGCGCUGGGGUUUCAAGCUCUGGACAGAUGUUGGGUAGUGGACCGCAGCAAUAUAUCUUCCAACCUCCACAACAACCAGUGCAAUAUCACCCUGCUCCAGGACGAACACCUCCACCUCCGCAAUAUGGCAAUAGCUUGUCGAGUUUGCGCACUGAUCGAUCAGGGCGAUCUGGAAGAACCUUUGUCAAUCAAACUAUUGAGACACUCAAUCCUGGAACGACUGGAAAAGAUGGAAACCCUCAUCCAAAGGGUGGACAGAGAAUUCUCCUUCCCAAAAUGUGAAGACCUUUAUGGGUAGGCGAGCAAGAGGUUCUCGACAACAUGGAGCAGAUUGAUGGUAGCCCAGACAAGCAAUCCAAGAGGUCAUAUUGGCAUUUCUUGAUCUUGGGUCUUGGAAUCGAUCUUUUUGUUUUUGCAUUUUGCAUGGUAUUUGUACUCGCAGUAGUACUUACCUUAGCGAUCUUGUGUACGGAUUUAGAAGGGCAGUUCUCCUUGUGAGCCUACGAGGAGGAAACCAAAAGAACAGAUUAGAAAUUGCGAAAGAAUUGUACCAUGAGAUGCUUGAUCAGUAGACGGC